UUCUCAACGCAAAUUCAAAUUGAAAUCAACACAAACAAACAAACCCUAAUUUCUCUUUCUCUCUCUAAUUUCAAUUAUCAAUUCGCCAUGGCUCGUACCAAGCAAACAGCUCGCAAAUCCACCGGCGGAAAAGCACCAAGGAAGCAGCUUGCCACUAAAGCUGCCCGGAAAUCUGCUCCGGCAACCGGAGGAGUCAAGAAGCCACACAGAUUCCGUCCAGGAACUGUUGCACUUCGUGAGAUCCGCAAGUACCAGAAGAGCACCGAGCUUCUUAUAAGGAAGCUUCCAUUCCAGAGGCUUGUUCGUGAAAUCGCUCAAGAUUUCAAAACAGAUCUCCGAUUCCAAAGCAGUGCUGUUUCUGCUCUUCAAGAAGCUGCUGAAGCUUAUCUUGUUGGUUUGUUUGAAGAUACUAAUCUCUGUGCCAUUCAUGCUAAGAGGGUUACUAUCAUGCCUAAGGAUAUUCAACUUGCUCGCAGAAUUAGAGGCGAGAGAGCUUAGAUUUGGUUAUCAUGAUCCAAGUUCUACUGGUGCUUGUGGUUCUUAGUUAGUUUUAGGUUUAAUUUCUCUGUCUAACAAAAAUAGGGUUCAGAUUCUGGUUAUGUUGUUUUUUAUAUUUUUAUGUUGUGAAGGUUAACCCAUGGUUAUCUUGUGACAAUGCUCUGUUCUACUGUUUCUUAAUUGAAUUGAAUAUCAUUUUCCUAUGUUCUUUGUUAA